AUGGCCUACGCCGAUUACAACGAUCUUAUGGAUCUUACAGAGAAACUCUACCAGAAGAUCGUCAUGGAAGUCAAGGGAACCCUCAAGUUCUCCAUCAACGUCCAGAAGGAAGACGGCACAAUCGGCCAACAGGAGAUCGAUUUCUCAUCUCCAUGGCAGAGAAUCGACAUGAUCGAAGAACUCGAGAAGCAGAUCAACUUCAAGUUCCCACCACUCGAAGAUACAGAUGAAGUCAGAGAGCUUUUAGAGAAGAAGUGCAAGGAACUCGAUGUCGAUGUUCCACCACCAAUGACAGUCGCAAGAAUGUUAGACAAGAUGGUCGGAAAGUUCGUCGAACCACUCUGCGUCAACCCAACAUUCAUGUGCAACCACCCACAGGUCAUGUCACCACUCGCUAAGUGGCACCGCACAAAACCAGGAAUUGUCGAGAGAUUCGAAGUCUUCAUCAACGGUCUCGAGUAUGCUAACGCUUACACAGAACUCAACUGCCCAAUGGUACAGCGCGAGCUCUUCCUCGACCAGCUCAAGGCUAAGGCUGCUAAGGAUGAUGAGGCUAUGCCAUACGAUGAUACAUUCUGCACAGCUCUCGAGUACGCUCUUCCACCAACUGCUGGUUGGGGCUGCGGCGUCGACAGACUCGUAAUGCUCCUCACAAACCAGGUCUCAAUCCGUGAGGUUCUCCUCUUCCCACUCAUGAAGCCAGCUGCAGGUGAAACAGUCCUCGUCGAGAAUGAACAACAGCAGGCUCCAGCUACUAACUAA